AUGAAGUUCUCUGCUACUCAGGCCCUGAUGGGCGCGUUGCCUAUGGCUGCGGCUUUCCCGGCUCAGAUGCUGGAGAUCAUGCAGAGCAACCCAGAGCUCGCUGCUCGUUCGAACGAACUACUGGCAGCCCGACAGGCCGGUGCUGGUGCCGCGACUGCCAUCUUCGAGACCAUCCCAACCUUCGACAAGGAGGCGCAGUACAUUGAUGUAUCUGCUGGCUCCGGUCAUGAGUGGCAGCCCCCAAGGAAGGGCGAUCUCCGUGGUGUCUGCCCGGGAUUGAACGCGUUCGCCAACCACGGCUUCCUCCCCCGCAACGGAUACGCCACCAUCCAGCAGUACAUUGACAUUACCGAAAAGGUCGUCGGCAUGGGCGCUGAUCUGUCUGGUUUCUUGGCUGUGCUCGGCGCUCUCCUCGACGGAGACCUUACUGCGUGGUCAAUGGGUGGCACUCCACCCCUAGGUGUCGGCGGACCUCUCGCUCAGGGCGGCCACGGUCUCAUCGGCUCGCACAACAAGUACGAGAACGACGUUUCUCCCACCCGUCCUGACCUUUACGAGUCCGGCAACAACUACAUCACGGAUGCUGCAGCCUUCCAGAAGUUGAUUGACGUCUCUCCCGGCGGCGAGGUCACCCUCGACAGCUUGACUGUCCACCGCUCCAACCGCUUCGACCGCUCCCUCAACAACAACCCUUACUUCUUCAACGGCCCCUUCCCCGGUCUGUUAGUGCAAUCUGCUGCAUUCACCUUCAUCUACCGCUUCAUGGCCAACCACUCUGAGGCUGACCCCGUCGGCACUCUUUCUUACGACGUAAUCAAGAGCUGGUUCGGUAUUGAGGGCGAGAACGGCAACUACAAGGCUCGUCAGGGAUACGAACGCAUUCCCGAGAACUGGUACCGUCGCUCUCUGACCGCACCAUACACCAUCCCAUAUUUCCUCGGAGACACCGUCGUCGCCGCUGGCCUCCACCCCAAGUUCCUCAACGUCGGUGGCAACCUCGACGGCAAGACCAACAACUUUGCUGGUGUCAACAUCAACAACCUCACCGGUGGCGUGUUCAACGGCGCAGACCUCCUGAAGGGAAACAACCUCGGAUGCUUCGCAUUCCAGACUGUCACUCAGCUCAAGGGAGACCUCCUCGCCGGCGUCGUCUCUGGCAUUCAGAACCUUUUGGGCUCUCUCAUUCCCCAGCUUGGCUGCCCUAAGCUUAAUCGCAUCGACGAGCAGCAGCUGAGGAGAUUCCCUGGCUACGUUCGUGGUAGCGCUACUGGCGUCACCAACUAG